AUGGCUUCCACUGUUCCUCCAGUCAAUCCGGCCACGGCUGCUGCCGGCUCUUCUUCAGCUUCUGCUGUUUCAUCAGACUGUGCGAUCUCAGGUGCUAUCACGUCUAAUUCAAAAGACAGCGUUGGUUCAAUCACCAGCACCAAUUCUAUUACUGCAGAAACAACCCCACAGACUACUACUUCUACUUCUACUACUACCACUGCGACAACAACACUAACUAGCACCACCACUCAGACAAAGGACAAUUCCUCUGUUUCAGCCACACCUUCUCGACCAGUUUCAGGUGCAACCCCCUCGUCCGCUCCAUCCCGUACAACAAGCACAUCUCCCACUCGUUCUCCAGCAAGUGUUACUCUUGACAACUCUACCCAGCCUACAUCUAAAACAACUAACACUACACGUCGACGCAGACCUCCAAUGCUUGUCUUGGAAAAAAGCUCAAGCAAAAGCUCGUCACCUCCACAAAACCCAUCUGCCACAUUUUCAAACAUCAACCUCACUUCUCUGAAUCGUAACUCUGCUACAAAAACUACUACACUAUCAACAACACCACAGUCAGCUAUCUUCCCUGCACUACGGACACCCAAGGAUAUUGUUCUCCAGGAUAUUGCGAUGCAAUGUAUUUCCCCUGGACUACCCACGUUCCCUUCAAGUGUGCGAGACGUGAUUGAACAAAGCAAUUCGAUCCAAAAGGCUCAGCGUAAGAUUAUCCAACAGCGAAUUAAAAAUAGUAGCAAACAUAAUAGUUCUGGCAGUAUCACAGGAACUGGAAAUGAAGAUACCGGGAAAUCAAUUUCUGUGGAAAUUUCGGAUGAAGAUGAAAUAUAUAAUGAUGAGGAUGAUAGUGAUAAGAUAGACGUGGUAAUUUCCAGCUCAGAAAAAGGAGAAGCUUCUUCUUCUGUACUAUCGAAAACCACCCCUCCUAAAAAACUGACUGCUUCUUCGACAGCUUUGAUAACACCACUUUCUGCAGGAACGGAUCGUCCAAUUACCGCACCUUUAUCUUCUGAAACACUGCAUCAAAAUGCCGCUGAAAAUAAUAAUAAUAAUAACAAUAAUAAUGACCCAAUUGCGAUAGCGUCAUCAAACUCUUCCAAACCUUCGUCCUCAAUUUCCACUACGCCUUCACCUUCCAAACAAGGCUCGCGAGUUAAUGCAGCAAACUCUACGCCGGGCAAUCAAACAAAGUUGUCGAGCAACAAAACCCCGAUACCCCUUUCUGGCACAUCUUCUUCUGUUUCGUCAGUUGAUAGUGCAAAAUCUGGAAUUAACGCCCCCCUUUCUUCUUCUUCUUCUAUCUCCACCUCUUCUAAAAACCCAAAUAUUAUUGUUACCAGAGACAUCAUCAUUGAAGCAAUCCCCACACCUACCCAGCCUUCCAACCCAAACUUUACACGCAGGGACAUGUCGAUGAAGACUAGCUCGCGUCGUGCUGCUCCUCCACGUAAUAUUCAAGUCAGUGGCUUAUCCAGCGACCACCCAUCUAUUCGCUCGGCUCCUCUUAAUCGACAACCACUACCAUUUAGCCCCUAUCCCAUUUCUCAGAUUCCAGGCUACCAAGCGUAUGUAAACUCAGGGGCACACGAUUCUCAAGCACAGGCUCAAGCAGCAGCAGCUGCUGCUGCAGCGGCUGCUGCCGCGUCGACCUCUCGUCCACUUGCUACACCUACCACUAUUCCUCAGCAUUACGGGGUAUAUCAUGGAGUUCAUGCAUACCCUUCGUUUUUUCCUUCGGCUUCUUCGGUUGGACCUUCAUUUGUUCCUGGGUUGGACCCAGCUCAUUAUAAGACAGUGACACCUGGUGCUACAGGAUCCACUGUUGCAGGAGCAUCUACUGCUCAUCCUAGAAGUGGAUAUUAUCUUAAUGUGCCUUCUGGUAUCACAGCUGUUCAAAGCCCAGUGUAUUCUACUCAAGCAGCGGCUCUUGCAGCCAAUAACGCAGCGGCUGCUCGUUCUGCUUACUGGCCCAAUGGAUUAAACAGAACAGCUCAUACUCCACGGUACCCACUUGCCACUCCCACGACCAAAACUGCUCAUCACGUAGUGAAUCCUUCUGUUUCUACGCAUACAAUUGCGACACCGACAACAUAUGGGUAUCCUGCCACUAUUAAUGGCGGCAGCUAUCAUUCCUACGGAGAUGCGCGCUCGAUUCCAGUUUACGUUAGUGGUCGGCCGACUAUACCCCCUAUGACAGCUUCUGCUGCGAACUGGACGGGUAAGACAUUUCGCAGUUUUCCACGAGCAAAUGACGAUGAUGAAGACGAUGACGAUGAUGACCGUGACCCUGAAGACGCUGCAUUAUCUGAUAAUGAAAAGGAUGAUGAUUUGGAUGAUGUGGAACAAAAGGCCAUUGGUGAGGAUGAUGAACUUGCAUCGCAGGCCAACAAGAAGCGCCGGUUAGAUGAUGCGGCAGCAGCGGCAGCAGAAGUUGAUGCUUCUAAAAAUAAGAAGAAGAAGAUUAUAGGGGUGAAGUCACGUGGCAACAGUCUUGCAGCCUCAAGUCCUCAGGAGCUUGCAAUGGAAGCUAUGAUGCGUGCGGCAACAGGUGCAGGUGCAGGGACAGGUGCAGGGACAGGAACUUCGUCAUAUGACAAUGCGACUACUGGAGGGUUGACAUUUGAGGAUUACCGGCAUUUCCGGAAUAAUGUGAGCAAGAAUCAUCAUAUUACGAGUGAGGAAGGAUUGCGUGAGGAGCACCUAAAGAAGCAGCGGUUUUUAGAGUUGUGUUCUGAGUUGUGGGAUUUAGCUCGGUCAUGA